AUGAGCUUGUUGUGGGAAGAGAAGGUUGAAAAGGAGGGAAGUAGUGUCAUUGAAAAAAUCCAAGAUGUGAAUUUUGAUAGAGCUGAAGCACUGAAUGAAUUGAAAAAGGUUGACAUUCUUCACCAAUUUACUAUUGUGAGUAGUCUUGUUGAAAAUAUGAAAGGGUUACAAAGUGAUGUGGUUAGUAGAAUCUCUUUUGUGGUUCAAAAGUUCUUUGAAGAGAAAGGAUGCGUCGAAGUUAUAUUAUCCAAAACACAUCAAAGUGUUGUGAGAAGAAUGAUGAAAGUGGCGAUGUUAAUUUCGAAUCGUGUAAUGGAGGGAAACAACGAAUUUUUUGAAGACAGAACUUUUUGUAGCUAUUUAGUCUAUAAAAUAGUGAAGGGGAAGACUGUGAUUGGGGAAGAAAAGUUUAUAAAAGGCUUGGCGGAGUUUAAUAGUAUCGAGACAAUACGAGGAGGGCUUGAGAAACUACUAAAAGAAAAUGUUGAUGAUUCUUUUGUUGAUUCUUUGUUGAUUUGGAUCAAAAAUAGUGGAACUCGGCGAGGAGUAGACAUCAUCGGUGUUCUAAUUAACACUCUCAAAGGAAAUGAAAAGAAGUUGUGUUAUGUCCUCGACGGAAUCAGCUUGAAGGAAAUUGGCGUUGAUUCGACUUUGUUCUUUGAAACUAUAAAAUAUAAUAAAUUAUCUAUUAACGAUACUAUAUUGAAGUAUCUAGUGGUGAAGCUAAGUCAAAGUCCAAAGGCGAAUGAUAUAAUUCAUUCCAUCUUUGCGUUGUACAGUAACACGCAAUACAUCAGCGUCUCAAGCAGAGCCACACAAAAAGUGUUAACACAUUACAUAGUGUAUAUCUUGCGGUGUUCACCAUUUCGAGUUGGGAGCUAUUUGUUAGUCAAAGGAGUUUCGUACCGCAUUGAAAGUGGUAUUGAGAAAAUGCGGAAAGAGGGGAGUGUUGUGAUACGAGAAAUUGAUUUCUUCAAUAAAGCACAAAGAAAGGUAUUUACUCACAACAUUGAUGAUACAAUUGAAGACUUCGAUGUCGCAACUGUCGACGAACGAGAAAACGAUGUUGACACGUUAAUGAAAGAAGUUGCUCCAGAAGAUGGGAGUGAUGACGUGGAGGAUAUUGUGUCAAGUGUUCAAGAACUCAAACAUAAUGAGAGUGAAGUUCUUAAAGACACAGAACAUGGAUCCAAACCAAAAGAGCCACAACAAAAGAUGCAGCUAUUGUAUUGGAUGGACUUAUUAAGUGAUUACACCAACUUGAAAUAUGAAGACUUUGCACAUCUUUUGAAAAUAGGGUCUAUGGUGAUCAAUGAUUCCUCAAAGUACAAUUCGGUGUAUUUGGAACAAAUAGCUCGUGAUGUCUUACUCCUCAAAAACCGCUUCAAUUUCGACUUCUUUUGUGACUCGCAAAUUGACAUUUUGAGUUCGAUAGUACACAUGAAGACCAUUCCACCAAAAAGAGGGAUUCAAGUGUUAUUGGAUCAAAUUGAAUUGGACAGAGAGAUCGUCAUUAAAACGAUGAUAAAGAAUGGAUACAAUGAAGAGUGGAUACUCCCAUUGCGCAAUUAUAUGGCUGUUUGGGUCUAUGAGAAUCGAUAUGAAUACGCAAUUCACUUAUCAAUUCAAUACUUAAAAGAUUAUUCUACUAUAGAAGUGUUGAGGGAAUGGAUUCUAUUAUACAUGAAUUGCAGAAUAAAUCAACGAGUCGGGGCGGGGUUACUCACUGGGACCAUCCAAAUCAUUGCAUUGAACAAACCAAGUCUUGUUGUUGCCACGUGUUACGAUUUGUUUGACAAGUUAGCACAACAACUCCACGACGAUGAGGUCAACCACCCAUUUAAAGAACUUCGCAUAGCAGCUUCCACGUUGUUGCGGCAAUUAGUUGAUGUCGUCACAAAGGCUAAGAGCACUGAAAAAGAGUCCACUUUGUUGCUCUAA